ACCCCUUCAUUCUUCUCAAUUUCUUCAUCACUCUAUAUACCAAUUUGUUUAGUAACAUAAGUUUGAAACAAAUCAAAAAAUGGCUCGUCUAAAAUCUAUUGCAUUACUCAUUGCCCUACUCGUUGCCACUUCUGCGGUAUUGAGUGAGAGUAGGAUUGCAAGGAAGGACUUGGGUUUAGACCUUGGUGGUGUAGGGUUAGGGUUGGGACUAGGGUUGGGUGUCGGUGGAGGGUCGGGCUCUGGAGCCGGUGCUGGUGCUGGUUCUGGGUCCGGUGGAUCGAGUUCUAGUUCUAGCUCUUCUUCAUCUAGCUCAAGCUCGGGUGGAGGUGGAGGUGGUGCAGGAUCUGAAGCUGGCUCCUAUGCCGGUUCACGUGCUGGUUCUGGGUCAAGAUCACGAGGUGGUGGUCGUGGGGGAGGUGGCGGAGGUGGUGGUGGUGGUGGAGGAGGUGGUGGCGGCGGUGAUGGUUCAGGGCAAGGGAGUGGUUAUGGACAUGGUGAAGGUGGUGGGUAUGGACGUGGUGGAGGGUAUGGCGAUGAUGAUGGUGGGUACUAAGUAUGAAGUCUAAACUAAUUAUUAAUUGACAUUCUUAAUUAGCUUGUGUUACAUACCCUAAAAGUGCAAGCAAGUAUAUUUUAUAUUUGGAAGUGAGUUUGAAAGCUUGUUUUAUUGUUUAAUGAUUACCUUGUAAAUUACCAUGCAUGGUAAUAUAUGUAACAUAAAAAUUUAAAUAGAAUAAAAGGGUGUCCCAUAAAGGGAAGUUGAUUUGCUUUACUUGUUUGUGUUCUCAUGUACUCCGUACUAGUUUUGUGUUCGUUGUAAUGGCGCGCAAAAAAGUGUAUAAUAUAAUUAAGUUUAGUUUGCA